AUGGAUGGAACACAAGGUGGUUCGAAUGCACCAGCGCCUUUCCUUGCAAAGACUUAUGAAAUGAUGGAAGAUCCUAUGACAGACUCUAUUGUCUCUUGGAGUCAUGAUGGACGGAGCUUCGUUGUCUGGAAUCCGCCCGAGUUUGCUCGUUUUCUGCUUCCAACUUACUUCAAGCACAACAACUUCUCCAGCUUUGUUAGACAACUCAAUACAUAUGGUUUUAAAAAGGUGGAUCCUGAUCAAUGGGAGUUUGCAAAUGAGGACUUUACCAGAGGUCAGAGACAUCUUCUACCAAAAAUUCAUCGUCGCAAGCCGAUUCAUAGCCAUUCUAUGCAGUCUCAGGGGAAUCCUUCCAAUCAGUUGACUGACAUAGAAAGACAAGAUUUUGAGGAUGAAAUAGAGAGGCUAAAUCGUGAUAAGAGUAUGCUUCAAUCAGAGUUAGACAGCCAUAGACAGGAGAGGCAAGCAUUUGAUAUUCAGGUAAGAUCACUAGCGCAGCAUUUGAAGAACAUGGAGCAGCGACAGAGACAAGCAGUCAACUUUUCCGCUCAAUUACUGCAGAAAUCCACUGGUGCACAUCACUUUGGAUUUGGUAGUAAGAAGAGAAAAUUGGCAGCAUACCCGUACUUAUAUGAUGAACCUAAUAUAGGACGGAACCAAAUCUCAACUUUCCAUGACAACAGUAAUGCAAUGUCAAUUUCUGUUGUAAGUUCAGAGCUAAUACCGAAUUUGGAUUCAUCCUUACGGGUUUUGGAGAGGUUUCUCCACGACAUUGGUUCAGCUUUGAGUGACGAAGUUACUGAUUAUGAUGUACAACUGAAAACUUUACCAGUGGAUACAACAGAAAUGAGUGCAUCAUCAUCUGAUACUGAUGUCAAUGGCUCGCCUAACUUACCUGUGUCAUCCCCUUCUCAACUUAAGGAUAUUUAUUCAUUUCCCGAGUUGGCUGCUUCUAUGGAUCAUGCAGACAAUCCUGCACUAUCAUCAAUCUAUCUAAAUGUAGAUUAUAGGCCAUCAGGAAUUGAUGCAAAUGCGAGUCUUGCUGCUUUUCCCAGUAUAAAUGCUUUGAAUGAGAUGCAGGAAGGGACUAGAACUAAAGCUCAACCAACUGUGGUUAAUGAUACAUUCUGGGAACAAUUUUUCCUCGAGACUCCGAGGACUGCUUGUGCUCAAGAAGUCCAAUCAGAAAGAAAGGAGGCAGAUGGAGCAAACGGUGAACUUAUGGUAGAAGGUCAACAUACAUGGUGGAGUGUGAAUACUGUAAAUAACCUCACUAAACAGAUGGGGCAUCUCUCUCCGGCAGGAAGAUCUUAGCGUAGAUUAUUAUUUUUCCGGUAAUAUAUAUCUCCGCCUAAAGGAUAUAAUUCAAAGGCAUUUUUUUCCCGGC